ACAUCAGCCGGCUGUAAAUCUCUAAGCUAAUAUUGACUCAGGGACUGUCGGUAAUAUACACUUGUCUGACUAAAAAGAGGAAAAAAUCUGAAAAAAGUAAUAAAGUAGUAAAAAUUUUAAUAUAAAUAAACUCAUAAUUAUUAUUUACUGUAUACUCUAUUUAAGUCUAGUCGUAUAUAAUAAGAGCUGAGUUAGUAAGUGAAGACUGUCCUGGUGUCUUGUUUACAUGUCCGCGUGAGUCUUUACAUCACACGCCGCCCGCCGAGACCUGCCCCUCACCACCGCCCUCACCGCUGCCCGCCUUCACCACACCUGCAGAGACCUCCGUUGCUGAGUCAUGGCGGACAAGUUGAAUGACCUGCUGGGGCGGCUGGGCAAGGGUCCCCGGGGCAUGGGCACCGGCCUCAAGCUGCUGGCGAUGGCUGGUGCUGCCGCCUAUGGCAUCUCUCAGUCCAUGUACACAGUGGAUGGUGGUCACCGUGCCAUCAUCUUCAGCCGCAUCGGUGGCAUCCAGUCAGACAUCUACUCUGAGGGUCUUCACUUCAGGGUUCCUUGGUUCCAGUAUCCUGUUAUCUAUGACAUCAGGGCCCGGCCGAGGAAGAUUACCUCCCCCACCGGUAGCAAAGACCUGCAGAUGGUGAAUAUUUCCCUGAGAGUGCUGUCCAGACCUAUUAGCAGCUCCAUCCCCAUCAUACACCAGACACUCGGCCUGGACUUUGACGAGAAGGUGCUGCCAUCAAUCAUCAAUGAGGUGCUGAAGUCAGUGGUGGCAAAGUUCAACGCUGCCCAGCUGAUCACCAUGAGACAGGAGGUGUCCCUGAUGAUCCGCCGCGACCUCACCCAGCGGGCGGAGGACUUCAACAUCAUCCUGGAUGACGUGUCCAUCACCGAGCUGAGCUUUGGCCGGGAAUACACCUCGGCUGUGGAGUCCAAGCAGGUGGCACAGCAGGAGGCGCAGCGGGCGUCCUUCGUGGUGGAGCGAGCCCGGCAGGAGAGGCAGCAGAAGAUUGUGCAGGCUGAGGGUGAAGCUGAGGCAGCCACUCUUCUUGGGAAAGCCCUCACCCUCAACCCAGGCUACCUCAAGCUGCGCAAGAUCAAGGCUGCUGUCAACAUCGGCAAGACAAUCUCUCAGGCACAGAACCGAGUGUACCUGGGAGCCGACACCCUCAUGCUGAACAUCAACGACUUGGCCUUCGAUGCCAACACCACCAAGCUCAAGCCCACCAAGUAAGAGAGGCAGCAGGGGGGACAACACACAGAGAGGAGGCAACCUUGUGCUUCCCUGUGCUUCCUGGCCGCACCGACUGGCGUUAGGUUAUGGCAGGUGGUUGACUUGGUAUCUUGUUUACAUUCUCUGGGGUCUGUUGCCUAUGAUGGUCAAGUGGCCACGUUGGGUCAGUUCUGUAUAAUUCGUGCCACUGUCGGCGUUGUGGCCAUUCAUAUAGUUGGUUACUUUGUCUUUGGGUAUUAUUAGUGUUCAGCUAUCCACCAUUUAUCUACUUUAUUUACUUAUUUUUUUUCAGUGGCUAGCAGAAUUUUUAGUAUAUUCUGAUUUUUCUACUACAUGUUUAUUAAUUUCUGUAAUAUUCCAGUGUUUAUUAGAGAUACUUUAGAGGCAUUGUACAGUACUGAUGUGUGGUCAAUGAACUGUAAAUAGAGUUU